AUGACACCCUUCAAAAUAAUAUCAUGGACCAUCGGCGUUUGGCCACUUCAAGCUUAUAACAUCUAUUCGAUAAUGCGAUGCGGUUUGGGUAUUUGUGGCACGAAAAUAUAUCAUUUACAACAGAGUCUAAUGGUAAUCUUGCCUUCUAUUGAGCUUUAUAUGGGCUGCACUAACGCGGAGCAAAAUGUAGAUUGCCUCAUGUUAAUUUGUUGCGGAACGCUCGGUGUGCUGAAGACGGUAUGGUUUCGCAUUUAUGCAGGCAACUUAACGAACAAUUACAGCUCAGCUCUGUACGAUUAUCUGACAGUUAAAAACGCAGAAGAGCGUGCCAUCAUGCGAAAACAUGCUUUUAUAGGACGAUUUCUCCUCUAUUUACUGCUGUCUUUCUGCUACGUUAGUUGCAUAAUAUAUGGGAUAAUCCCUUUUCUGGAUAUUGACAACAAUAAUCACAUUAACGAAACAAAUGAGGAAGUUACAUUAAAGUAUCCAGUGCCAUCGAAAUGCUGUAUGGAGUAUUUCAAUGCUCCGAAGAAGUUGUACAAAAUUUUCUGCCUCAUCGAAACUAUCGCGCUAAUAUUAGCGACUACCGCCAAUCACGGAAAUGACUUGUUGUUUCACAAUAUUGCAUUGCAUCUUUGUGGUCAAGUGAAAAUUUUGAAAAUCAAUAUCGCCGAUUUUGAUGUUACAAGCCCGCAAGUAUACGAUCGUUUCAACGCAUUAAUUCAAAGGCAUAGCUAUUUAAUAAAAAUGGCCCGGGAACUUAGCGAUACGAUCAGUUUCAUUUUACUGAUGCAGUUACUUGUCACUAGUGUACUUUUAUGUAUAAUAGGAUUGCAGUUUAUUCUAGCGUUGAAAGUCAAUGACUUUGUUAUGGUAUCAAAAAGCACAAUGGUGUACUGUAGCUUUCUAACGCAAUUUACGCUAUACAGUUUCAUCGGAGAUUACCUGAAAUCCGAAAUGGAAGAAGUAGCAUCUUUAUUUUAUCAAACAACUUGGUACGAUCUUCCUAAAAAAUUGAAAAACCGCUUAGUUUUUAUUAUUAUGCGAGCAAAAUUUCCCGUAGCGUUACAAGCUGGCAAUUUCAUCGUAAUAAACCUUCCUACUUAUAUGAAUAUUAUAAAAACAUCUGUUUCAUAUCUUUCUGUACUUCGCGUAAUGGCUAUCAUGAUAGUUUGUCUAAGCUUAUAUAUUAAUCACCGUGACGAUGACACUCUGGAUAUGCUCGUCGAUCACUUGAUGUUGAUAGCCUGCGGCGUUUUGACCAUCUUAAAGGUAUUCCUGAUACGGUUGCAUCGCGAUGACCUGCUGAAGAACUUGUGCAACGCAAUGUGUUCCUCUUAUAUUGUUCUUAUACCACUGAUAGCUGGAUCUUUUCUGUCAUUUGUGACGCAGCCUACUUCUUGGAACGUCACGUCAAACACGAGAUCCGAGGAAGAGACGCGAGUUGUGGAAUUGCCUCAGGAAAUGAUCUGCCCGUUUAACGCGCAGAUCGUUUGUUUCGGUAUCUAUAUUCUCCAAACUGUCCAGCUGAUCAGUACAUCUACAGGGAACGUCGGCACUGACGUUUUUGUAUUCGCUGUCUGUAUGCAUCUCUGCGGUCAAUUGGAAAUACUCGCUUCGGAACUGUUGCGGUUUCACGAAGGAAAAGAGAACAAUAGUUGGGCGAGAGCUAAAAUGAUCACGCUAAUCGAUAGGCACUGUUUGCUCUUGAAUCUAGCCAAAAAUAUCUCGGAUACGCUAGAUAUCAUCUUGAUCGUUCAACUGGUCGUCCACGCUUCGCUUAUAUGUUUAAUAGGUUUGCAACUUAUUUGGUCGUUGGCAAUGAGUGAUUUUGUUCUUGUCGUGAGAACUAUAUGGGUGAAACUUUGUCGUUCAGAGCACAAGCGAUUUCUCGCGCAAUUUAUUUAA